AUGACGGUGCCAUCGACGCUCCGCCCACCCGGAACAGGGCAGCUCGAGGCCACACAAAGAUAUGGACAUGCGGAAGUACUUGACAGCGUGAAGCUUUUGGGCAUCUUCGUAGGCCUCGUCUGUCGGACGCUCGUUGACUCUAAUUAUUACACCAUUUUCGACGCGUCGCGGGUAUGCGUCGUGCGAGGCGACACCAAGCUGGCUAACGGUCUUAAAGGCGAAGCGAACCUGGUUUUAAAUUUCGUGGGCCCAGACUCGCCUCAGACAACCAAGCUGUUUCUUCUAUUUGCUCGUCUCGUUCUGUCUAACUAUGCCGAAAGCACCCUGACCGACUUUCAGCGCUCGCAAGUCUUCGGCGCGGCCGUACCACUGCGGUCGUACCUCAGCGUGUUCGGCAAGAUCACCAAGAUGUGGGUCGACCUGUCCAAGGAGAACGUGUUCCCGGAGCUGGCGCUGCGCGAAAAGCUGUCGGAGACGGUCGAGGACAAGUAG